AGACGCAGCUUCGCAGUUCGGCACCACGCACGCACUCGGGCGACGCGCCAAAAUCUCAGCGUAACCCCCGCUUGAGCAACAUUCCACCAUCACCUCGACCUUGCACGUUGCUCAAUCCACCAUGUCAGAAGAGACACGCCAGGAAGGCGAUGUUCACGCCUUUGUCCAGUCGUUUGUUAUGAUUGUCGUGUCCGAGAUCGGCGACAAGACGUUCCUCAUCGCGGCCAUCAUGGCCUCGCGGCACCCACGGAUAACCGUGUUCGCCGGCGCGUUCGCCUCGCUCGUGGUCAUGUCGGUGCUGUCGGCUGCGCUGGGGCGGGCUAUUCUCGGCUUCAUUCCCAAGGUGUGGACGCUGUGGGCUGCCGCGGUGCUGUUUGUCGUGUUCGGCGUCAAGAUGGUGCAGGAGGCGCUCGCAAUGCCGUCGUCGCACCUGCAGGACGAGAUGCGGGAGGUCGAAGAGGAGCUCGAGGAGGACGCGGCCGAGCACGACCUGCCCGCCGGCGCGGUCCCCCUCGACGUGUUGGAGGAGGGCCGCUCGCUCGGCCCGCUCGAGAACGGGCUCAGCGGCCGGCCGUCGCGCCCCACAUCCCCGGCGCCGCCUGGCCCCCGUGCUGUCUCGCGCUCCCCGUCCCGCACCCGCUCCCAGUCGAUCGUGCUCCCAGGCGGCAAGGCCCUCGGCAAGGGCCCCUCAGAGCUCAUCCUCCGCGUCCGCGAAGGCGCGCGCAACGGCAUUCAGAUGAUGACGAACCCCGUCUUCGCGCAGGCCUUCAUCCUCACCUUCCUCGGCGAGUGGGGCGACCGUAGCCAGAUCACGACUAUUGCCAUGGCGGGCGCGCACAGCAUUCCUGUAAUUGCCUUUGGCACGAUCCUCGGCCACUCGCUGUGCACCUUCCUCGCUGUCAUGGGCGGCAGAUAUCUCUCCACCAAGAUUUCCGUCAAGCACAUCUCCCUACUGGGCUCGGUAGCCUUCUUCAUUUUCGCCAUCCUCUACGCCUACGAGGCGUACCACACGCCCCUGGACGCCACCGACGGCGUCUAGGGUGUCGGCGGUGCACUGCUGCAGCUCCUGCCAUAGACUGGCACAGGGAUAGAGACGACGCCUGCUAUAGAACACGCCGGCUGCGACCGGGUGAAACGGUGUUAUACCGGCGCCGGUGGUCGGCGCGGGGUUGUUUGGCCCCUCACAGUGUUCGCGGUGAAAACCAACAAUAGCAUCAUACAUAGACCGAGCUUAGGGCUCAUGUACAGACUCGGA